GCUGGCGCCGGAGGCCCCGACGGUGAGGCGGUUCGCUGUGGCGACGGGCUCCUGAUGAAGCUUUCUCUUUCUUCGCUUCUGGGGGUCCCUUCGGGUCUUCUGCUCUGUUCUGCCUUGAGGGGAGGGACGCGGGAAGUCUCUGACCUGACACUAUGGGGGAAGGAAAAGGCGACAACUUCGACGGUGUGAGCACCGACCGCCUUAAACUGAAGUUGCUGGAAGAAAUCCACUUGAAGGAUGUAGUACAACUCUCGAUGCUUGAAAUGAGACACAAGAUAGCAGAACUGGAAGCCAAACUGAAUAAUGACAACGAAGGUGGUGAAUGGAAGACCCGUUAUGAGACACAACUUGAACUGAAUGAACAACUAGAAAAGCAAAUUGUUUCUCUCAAAGAGAAAAUGGCAAAAAUCCGUGGAAAUCCUUCAGAUAGACUAUCUUCUAUUCGUGUCUAUGAACAAAUGACAGUGGAAUCCUUAAAUACAUUACUUAAACAGCUAGAAAAAGAAAAAAGGAGUCUUGAAAAUCAAGUGAAAGACUAUGCACUUAGGCUGGAACAAGAAUCAAAGGCUUACCACAAGACCAACAAUGAACGCCGUACAUACCUAAAUGAAAUGUCUCAGGUUUCUAGCUCACAUCAAGUUUCUAAAAGGCAACAGAUGGAUCAACUGCCUAGAAUGAAAGAGAAUCUAGUGAAAACGUGAAUUUUAAAGCAACAUCUUGAACCCCUCAAAGCAAAAAUAGACCUCUUAUUAGUUGGAGAUGUCACUGUUCGCUACCUGUCUGAUACGGUGCAGAAAGUCUUCUCAAAUUUAGCAGAAGUCACCAUCACUACCAGUGAUGUGAAGGCGGCGGCAGUGCUUCUGGAUGACUGCACAUUCCACAUGGUUUUCCUGAAGAUGACUUCUCUCAGUGCUGAGGACCUGGAAGCUGUCAAGUUAAUUAGAUUUGGCAAGAAGAAAAACAUACAUUUGCUGUUUGUUUUUAUAAUCCCUGAAAAUUUUAAAGGUUGUAUUUCAGGGCAUGGAGCUGACAUUAUUUUGACUGAACCCAUGACAGUGGAAAAAAUGAAUAUUGUGGCAAAAUACUGGAAAACAUAUUUUUCAAAUACCGUUUCAGUUAAAAAGGAAAAUACUGUAAGCCUUGAAGAACCUGGAUCGCUCCUACAGAGGUCUUGCAGUGAACCCCUGGAAUAUUUUUCUUCUGAUCUAUUUGCCUGCUCUGAAUCUCUGAGAAAUGACAGUGAGCUUGAAUUAAAGCCCCCAUUGUCUGAGUUUGAGAAAAGCAAAAAGAUUUCUCUUCUUCAUUCAAGCAAAGAAAAACUGAGAAGAGAAAGAAUCAAGUAUUGCUGUGAGCAGCUGCGUAUUCUCUUGCCGUAUAUGAAGGGGCGAAAGAAUGACUCGGCUUCCGUCCUUGAGGCCACAGUUGACUAUGUGAAAUGUGUCCGGGAGAAAAUCCCUGCAGCCGUUAUGGACCAGAUUACAGAAGCACUUCGGAGCAAUAGGAGGUUUUGUAAGAAACAGCAAAUGCCCAUCCAGGUGCCUCUCCCGGGUGCCGUUGGGGCACAGAGGGAAAACAAUGUGUUGACAAGCCCUUACUCACCUGUGAGAGGGAUCCAGUUCCUGGCUAACAAGUGCUUUAAUGUGUGUUCUGUUCCUGCUGCAGGGGGCUCCCUGGAUGAGGCCGUGAGAGGUCAGUCAGCCUCCACUGCAGAGAGUACUGUUGGUGAUCUGUAUAAAACGCGGACUGCCAGCACAGCCCUCGCUCUGAACUCCUUCCGUGCUGUCACGUAUUAUUCUAAAGUUAUUCCUUCCUAUGAUGCGGCUGCCGCAACGAAUCAGAACAUUUCGAUUCAUUUACCUUCAGCUGUGCCCAAAGUCUCAAAGUUUCUUCCCCACCACUGCAAUUCUGUGUUGGGCCAGACACGCACAGCUCAUCCCAACUGUCUGCAACAGUUUUGGGCAUAUUAAUAGCACAUGUUUGAAACUCACAUUCUAGACCACCUAUCAGGCACAGUUUGACAAUACAGGAAAAGUGGAACAAAGAAUGAUUUUGAAAGCUCCACCCAGAGACCUAAUAUUAUCAAAAGAGCUGGCAUAGUUUGCCUUCUGAUAAAUGUUCUCAAAGCUUCUGAGAGGGAAAAACCAGAAGCAAAAGGGCCAGCCACACAGACCAGCCACACUCUCUCCAGGCACACUUGGAUCUCCCUGACCAGAAAGCUGCAAGAACAAACAGCCUCCGUGACCCACGCUCCUUGUUCUCAGAAAAUAUUCCACCGUCUAUGGAAAAAGUGUGCACUACAAAGAAGGUCCAUGUGAGUUGAGGUUGGGGCGGUGCACGGAUGCCUUGUGUCACCGAGUACAGACCUGCACCUCCAUUCCUAUUUUUAGUAUCUGUAUGGAUUACUGUCACUUAUUUCUAGGUGGUGUCUUUGCCAAAAUUGACAUUUUAGAGAAUUUCCUCCUUUAUUCACCAUCCAGACUUAGAUAUAGAGAGAUGCUGAUAUAUUGAUGUGUUUUUGUACUUCACAGUCCCUUGAGUGAAAUGAUAGCUAAUAGGUAAAUUUUUAUUUCUGGAUCUUUCAUUACAGACUAGCACGUCUUUGCUUUCUUUGUUUUUCAUUUCUUCCUCCCUUACGGGUAUUAGAAAAGACUGUUGAAAACACAGGGAGAAAAAUGUAUUUUUUUUUUUAUAUUUCACCGAAAUAUUCUUAUGUAUACAUUUUAUUAUUAAAGAAAAUAUUCAAUUUUGACCCUGAAAGCGGUAAUCCAUUUUUCCUUUGUUUAAUAAAUGUAUGUUCCUACUUUUGAUAGUACUAUGUAAAGAAUUAAUUUCCUAGAAAUUUUAUUUGGGAAACUUAAAAAUUACUGUAGGCAUAGCCUAACUUUCAUGUCAGAUCAUAUAGCUUUUGUUUGAGGAUGCCAAAAUGCUGGGAUCUGUGGAGUUCUGACAGAUUUUAUAAAGAAAUAAGAAGUUUCCGACUAAGGUUCUAUGCUCACUCUUACAAACAAGUGCUUGGUUCUUCAUUCCCUGGACUGUAGGAGUAAUUGCUUUAACGUUGAAAGAGAAUGUG